GUGUGGGCGUGGUUUGACAUCCAGCAGCACUAGCUCCAGACACCGGUCAGACUCAGCUGUCAUCUGACUCCAUGUUAAAGAUGGCAGGAAACAAGUCUUAUACUAUAGUUGAAUACUUCGGCGGCGACUCCGGUUACCCGUGUGGUUACUGUAAAAACGAUAAAGGGAACUUUUCUCACGGGAUGUGGUCUCACACCAUGACUGUACAAGACUACCAAGACCUCAUAGACCGAGGAUGGAGAAGAAGUGGGAAAUAUGUCUAUAAGCCUAAAAUGAACAAGACAUGCUGCCCACAGUAUACCAUCAGAUGUCAUGCAACCAAAUUCCAGCCUUCCAAAUCCCACAAGAAAAUCAUGAAAAAGGUUAGCAAAUUCAUGUCCAAAGGGGAACUGCCAAAAGGACAGGAUGAUGGGGAGCCUAUGGACUCGGUGUGUGACGAAGCAGGUCCACGGGAACCGAGUAAAGUGAAGUGUGCUACUAUCACCGACAUUCAGAAGGAACUACCAGAGUGUCCCGCUAUCACAGAAGCUCAGAAGGAGGUAGCGGAUGUCGCUCCUACCGACUCAGAAACAUCAAGAAAGGAUCCAGUGUCUGUCGCCGAUGAGAGAACAAUAGCCACAGCUCCUAAGCCAGGGAUGGGAGCUGAUCCUGGCCGGCCGCCGUGUCGGAAGGCCAAAGACUUGAGGAAGGAGCGACGUCUUCAGAAAGAGCAGAUUAGACAGCACGCUGAUGGGGUCUCUCCUACCCCGCCCACUCCGGCCCAGACCAAGCAACCCAAACCCCUGGAAGAUUUCAUCAACGAGUCAUUGCCUGACACCUCUUCUCAUUGCCUUGAGGUGAGGCUAGUGCGCUCCAAUCCCCCUUGCCCGCAGUUCAAAGCCUCUUUCGACGCCUCCUACCAGGUGUACAAACUCUACCAGAUGGCCAUUCACAAGGACCCUCCUGACAAACCCUCCGAGAGCCAGGUGAGGCUAGUGCCGGUCAACUUUGAGGACCCUCAAUUCAAGGCGUCCUAUCAGCAGUCGGUGGCGCUGUACGCCCGCUACCAGAUGGCCAUUCAUGGUGAUGACCCCAGCGCUUGUAGUGAGAGCGAGUUCCGGAGAUUUCUCUGUGAUUCACCACUAGAGGCGGAACAUUCUCCAGAUGGGCCCGAGGUGGGCUACGGCUCCUUCCACCAGCAGUACUGCCUGGACGGGCGCAUCGUGGCGGUGGGGGUCAUCGAUAUCCUGCCUACCUGUGUGUCCUCCGUCUACCUGUACUACCACCCAGACUUUGCCUCGCUGUCUCUGGGCUCCUACUCUGCUCUCAGGGAGAUCGCUUUCACCAGGCAGCUGCAGAAACAGUCCCCCAAGCUGUGCUACUACUACCUGGGCUUUUACAUUCACUCCUGCCCCAAGAUGCGCUAUAAGGGGCAGUAUCGGCCUUCAGACCUCGUGUGCCCAGAAACCUAUGCCUGGGUACCAAUAGAGCAAUGCCUACCCCGGCUGGAGACCUCCCGCUAUGCUCGUUUCAACCAGGAUCCUGAUGCAGGAGAUGCUCGGGUGCUGAAGGACGUGGGCAGAGCUCUGGUGCUAUACAGACGGGCCGUCAUGCCCUACGCAGCCUACACCCGAAAGCGCAAAGGCUCCAGCGACGAGACGGAGGUGCAGCAGUACGCCGGCUUGGUCGGCCAGGACUGUGCGGAAAGGAUCUUGCUCUACCGCUCCUGAACGCACAGCGACACACCACUGCACCUUUUUAAUAUAUACGUGAAUACACAACUCCCAGCAAUGUCUGUCUGUUUCUGUUUAUCUAUGUGUGUGUGUGUGUGUGUGUGUGUGUGUGUGUAUGUGUGUGUGUGUCUCCUCACUGUCUGUGAAAGUGCUUUCUGCUGCCGCUCCCAGUAGUCUCACCUCGCUUAGCUCUACGCAGGCUGGAACAAUGCAGUAGCCACUCACUAUCUAUGUAUGUAUCCAUUCACCCAUUGGCCUCAUUCAUCAUUUAUGUCUCAUUCAUAUUUACUUUAAAGAUGUUAUUCACCAAUGAAUCCUGCAGCAUCAACUCUCAGUUUAGUUCUCUUCUGUUUGAUUUGACUCCGUACAGGGACCGGUCCCUUGAAUGUUAGUUUGAUAUCACUUUGAUUUUUUUCCAUCCUCAAAAGCUUCAGUAACGAUGUUCCCGAUGAUGCUGCAACUCACAGGUGACCGCUCAGCACUGAACUGACACAGGUUUAGGUGUAUAAUGUCAGCCACUUGAAGAGCAUGUUCUGCUUUGGAAGAGGUUGUCAGUUGCCUACAUUAUAUCCCCGAACUUCCCUACAUCACAACAUUAAAGACUUUUUAUCACUGGGUUUAUUUAAAGCAAAUAACUCACUCUUUUCAGUGUUUUUUGUCUGUAAUAUUUAUAGCUUUAUUUGCUUUUCUUUUAAUAUGGACUCUGUUAUUUUUGGUUAAACCAAAUAAAGAGGUUGUAUAUUC